CCGCAGAAGAGGAGGAGACCGGCGGGCCCGGGAGGAGAGGCGCGGAGGGGAGCGGAGCUAUGUUAAACCCGGGGUACCGCUGAGGCGGGGCGGGCCAGGCCAGAGGCGGGGGCUCUCCGGCGGCGGGCGCGCAGGGGCCCGGCUCCCGAGGCGGCGGCAGGCAGCAUCUCGGCGCGGGGAGCGGCUCCGCAGCCACCGGGCCAAUGAACAUGUCAGUGUUGACUUUGCAGGAAUACGAAUUCGAGAAGCAGUUCAACGAGCAUGCGGCCAUCCAGUGGAUGCAGGAAAACUGGAAGAAAUCAUUCCUGUUUUCAGCUCUGUAUGCUGCCUUUAUAUUUGGUGGUCGGCACCUAAUGAACAAGCGAGCAAAAUUUGAACUGAGGAAGCCGCUAGUGCUCUGGUCUUUGAGCCUCGCCGUCUUCAGUAUAUUCGGUGCUGUUCGAACUGGUGCUUAUAUGCUGUACAUUUUGAUGACCAAAGGCCUGAAACAGUCAGUGUGUGACCAGAGUUUUUACAUUGGACCUGUCAGCAAAUUCUGGGCAUAUGCAUUUGUGCUAAGCAAAGCACCCGAACUAGGUGAUACGAUAUUCAUUAUUCUUAGGAAGCAGAAGCUCAUCUUCUUACACUGGUACCAUCACAUUACUGUGUUACUUUACUCUUGGUACUCCUACAAGGACAUGGUGGCUGGCGGUGGCUGGUUCAUGACCAUGAACUACGGAGUACACGCCGUCAUGUACUCGUACUAUGCCUUGCGGGCUGCUGGCUUCAGGGUCUCGCGCAAGUUUGCCAUGUUCAUCACCCUGUCGCAGAUCACUCAGAUGUUGAUCGGUUGCGUGAUCAAUUACCUGGUCUUCUCCUGGAUGCAGCAGGGCCAGUGCCAUUCCCACGUGCAGAACAUCAUCUGGUCCUCUCUCAUGUACCUCAGCUACUUUGUGCUCUUCUGCCAUUUUUUCUUUGAGGCCUAUAUCGGCAAAACCGGAAAAGAAAGGAAAGUUGAAUAGUGGUAGAAACGAGAAGCCAUAGCUCAGGGUCAUCAAGAAAAACAAAAUUAUAAGACAAAAAAGGCACAAGGAAACACAUAUAUGUAUGGUGCAGCUAAAACUUGGCAGCUUAGGGAAAGUUAGCAUGGUUUAACCCAGUAAGUUUAUGAUCCUAUCAUGGUGAGGACUCACUGAAUUCUACUCUAUCUCAAAGGACUGCUGAUGAAAGACAACUUCCUUCUUGUACCUCUCUGCUCUAGAAAAGAAGGAGAAAAGAAGAGGAAAAAUCAAGAAAAAGAAAGAAAAAAGAGAAGAAAAGAGAAAUGGAAUAAUUAUAAGGGGGGAGAAAAAAGUACAUUAAAUAAGCAGUGUGUUUCCCCAAGGUGGAGGAGAGACUUUUAUUCAAACAAAGAAAAAAAGUUCCUUAAUAUUUUCUAAUAAUUUCUCUGCAUUAAACAAAAAGGCAGAGGUGACAAAAAAAAAUCUGUCUAUAAUAACAACAAGAUUGCAGAAUUAAAAUCUUUUCCAUAAAAGGUUAAUACCUUUAGCCAUAAUGAAGCCCAAAAAUAUGUUUCCUGCAUGGAAACUGGCUGAACUCCACACUGUGGUUAUGUAUGGAAAAGAGAGGAGAUUGAUUUCUCUGCUUAUGUACUCUGCCAGGAGAGCAGAUCUGGGACACAGAGUGACCUCCCUCAGAAGGCAGAAAGGAGCAGUAUUUUUGCAAGAGUUUAAUGUGAAAAGAUGCACUGUUGCAAUACAUAUCUCAAAGAGUGCAUUUUCCAAGUGAAUUUUUCAGUUAAAGGCAAGGAAUUUCUGCAGCAGGAUAAGUCAUAGAGGGUUAAAUCAAUCAAUAUUUGCUAAAUUACCAGGGGCUAAUAGUGGAGGGAUAUUCAGGAAGGAGAGGGAGACAACUCCCCUCACAAGAUUUUUAGGAAUUAUCCAUUACUCUUAAUUUAGCCCGCAGCAACACCGAAUUAAAUGGGGAGAAUCGGGAGAAAUCGCAGUUAGCAAGAAGAGAGUGAUUUAUUUGCCCACUGUUUUCAGAACAGAGCCCUGUGGUACAAUCUGGAUUCUGUGUUUUUGCAGACACAAGGAUGCCUGCCUGAGUUGGGAGAGGUGGCAGGACUGUGCGACAUUGGGUAUCACUGUGCUUCUGCAUCUGCCUCCUGGGCAGUGCAAAGAUGUUCAAAGUGCCCUCCUCUGGUCAUGUGGAGAUACUACUACAAAACAUACCUGGAAUAGGUUUUUCUUGAGAUUUGUGUAGAAAAAAAUUAGCCUAAACUAAGUAAUUUUGCUGCAACUGCUUGACUCUAAAGUCCAGAGAGAGUUAUCUUUCAUUAAAUAAAUAUAUCUCUGCAGAAUCUGUACUGUAACAUCAGACUGACCGCUUAAGAAGACACUUUCUUCUCUGAAGUCAGCUACAGAUAUAAGGAGAAAUAUAUUUCACUCUGAACCUUAGAGAGUUAGUUGAGAACAGCCAUAUUCUUUCAAAGACAAGUAGAUUGCAUUAUCUGUGAUAUUCCAGUCCUUACAAAGCCAAAUAAAAUGUGUAAAAGUUCCUAGUAUUUCAAAGACGCAAGUAUGUAAACUUGAUGUUAAAUGUGUUAAUGUAGUAUUCUAAAUUGUAACAGCUAGGUAGUUUAACUAAACAAUUAGAAGAACUAGAUCAACAAAAUAGGGACUGCUGUUCUGCAUAGAAUAUACACACACCUAUAACUACACCCAUAUACACAUUCUGUGAAUUGUCAACAAGAAAAAACAGCCCAGUGGCAGAGAAUCACAUUUCCUGGCUAAUGCAAAAGAUUGUCAUUAUCUUUCUUGCUUUAAUUUGAGAUUGUACAGUACAAAGGGGUUUUUUCAAUUAUGAUUUUUAGCUUUAAUUGUGCUGUCAUUCAUGAAACAGAGCUGCUUUAGUAUCCUGUUAAGAGAUGACAAGGGCUUUCGGUGUCUCAUUAUAUACAAAAGAAAAACAAAUAAAGUUACAUUCCAUAAUAUGUGAAUGGUCUUACAAAUCAAAGGCCUUUUCAGGCUCAGAUCGUAAUUAUAAAUGCAGAAAAUGAGUUUACAUUUGUGUUAUUUAAGUUAUUGAUGUGCUGACAUUAUUUUAUGGUACAAAACAUCGCAAAAUGUGAUAUGCAGUAAUGAAGCUAUGAUAUUCAUUAAUAGGACUACUGUAUACGUGGAAAUAUUAGACAAAACCAAUUAAAUGUGUAAACCAU